ACCUUCCUUGAAAAUUCUUCCAUUUUAGUUAGGAUCAAGUUUGUUGUUGUUUGACCCAGUGGACCGUAUUUCUGAUCGAUCCACAGGGUCAAAUUAAGCAUCUGAUUCUUGCUUAGCUUCAGAAUUUGAUCGUUCUUCUCAGAGGUUUUCUUUUCUUUCUCUUUUUCUCUACAUGGAGUAUUGAGUAGAUUCACAGGCCGGCAUGAUGGGCUGCUUCUGUUUCAAACCACCCACCCAGGAAAGGUUACCUUCAAAAGCGGAAACAGCAGAAGGGAACGCUCUUGCUUCCCUUGUCAAUGAUCUUAUAAUUGAAUCAGAUACAGACAAACAUAAAUUUGUAGCUGACAAGAUCUUACAGAUAAGCAAGGGCCGCAAUCCUGCUCGUGCUUUCACGUUCCCUGAACUUUCAGCAGCGACUGGUGAAUUCAAAGAAGAACGUCUUUUAGGUGAAGGUGGAUUUGGUAGAGUUUACAAAGGGCACCACGAGGGUCGAGAUAUAGCUGUCAAACAACUGGAAAAGCAUGGUCUACAGGGAAAUAGAGAGUUCCAUGUGGAAGUACUGAUGCUCAGUCUGCUCCAUCACCCAAACCUCGUCAAUUUGAUUGGCUACUGUGCUGAUGGAGAUCAAAGAAUUCUAGUUUAUGAGUACAUGCCACAGGGUUCACUGGAGGAUCAUCUUUUAAAUCUUUCCCCAAACGAGAAGCCAUUGGACUGGGUUACAAGAAUGAAAAUAGCUGAAGGUGCUGCUAAAGGCCUAGAGUACUUGCAUGAUAUUGCAAAUCCUCCAGUAAUCUUUCGAGAUCUCAAAGCAUCUAACAUUCUUCUUCACCAAAAUUACAAUGUGAAAUUAUCUGACUUUGGGCUAGCUAAAGUCGGUCCAAUUGGAGAUAAGACUCAUGUAUCGACAAGGGUGAUGGGGACUUAUGGCUAUUGUGCUCCAGAAUAUGUGCUGACAGGACAAUUAACAAAGAUGUCUGAUGUAUAUAGUUUUGGUGUUGUGUUUCUCGAGAUAAUAACGGGAAGGAGAGCAAUUGAUACAUCAAAACCAUCAAGUGAGCAACAUCUUAUUCAAUGGGCAGAACCGCUUUUUAAAAACAAGAAGAGGUUUAUAGAAAUGGCGGAUCCAUUACUAGAAGGGAAGUUCCCACUGAAAGGCUUUUACCAAGCUCUUGCAAUUGCAGCAUUGUGUCUACAAGAAGAAGCAAACAACCGCCCACUGAUUAGCGAUGUCGUAACUGCCCUCCGGUACGUAGCUACUUCACCAAAUGAUUCUGGUGAAACAUCCAACGUUGCAGAAAUGUGAUAUCAUUAUGGCUGUAAGCGAACAAGGCAGUGGAAUCACAAAUGUAUAGCAAGGAAGACACUUUUCAUUCCCAGGGAGACAAGGAAGAAAGACGUAAUGUAACACUUAUUCAUGAUAACACUCAUAUAGUAGGGUUCCAUAUCCAAACAUUAAGGUAGUUUCUCUAUGCUGUUUUGCUGAUUUCUAUGGAAAUAUAGGAUUUCAUUUAUUCUUUGAAGUUCUUAUGCUAGACAUUUGCUCCUGUACCACUUACUAAAAGCUAAUGCUGCAUCCAGAAAUGGUAAAAGAUUUAGGGAAUGAAAAAAACAAAAAAAAAAAUCCUAUGAUAAUAGUUUUUACUUGAGUUUAAGUUUAAUUUUCUUUCUGUCAGUAUUCAUGAUUUUAAGAUACGAGCUUAAUUUCUCUAAGAAUAUCGAUAGAUGUGUUGAAAGGAAGCACUAUGCAUUUUGCUUAGAGUUUAACAGUUUGAGAAACAAUUGAAAUUCUCUUAGAAUAAUAAAAAAAGAAACAAUUGCAAGAGAUAAAACAAUGGCAAACAGUUAGCCAUGUUUCAGAUAAUUACAUUGAUUGUUUUAACUCUUGUAUCUCUUUUUUUAGCCUUCAUAUUAUUAGAAAGCUAGCCGGUAGUAAACAUGAUGUUUGCAGGAAAAAUUGUGAAAUUAAACAACCAAAACUUAAAUUUUGUUCCG